CAGAGCAGAGCGACAGGACACCGGCAGAGCGUCUGUCAUUGGAGUUCUUGUGCUAAUCACACUACUACUUCCUGCUCCACCACUUCUCCUCUGACCACCCAAACUGUCACGAUGUUUCAUGUUGUUCAGUACUUUGAUGCAGCAAAGUCUGUGGCGGUAGUACCUCAGUCAUGGUACAGUGCUGGUUUCACCCUCUGGCCAAAUUACACAAGUGAUGAGCGGAUAAAUAAAGCUGUGCGGUGUGCAGAGGCACCUGGACAGAACUGGACAAGGCAUCCUGUCAGAGUUUGAAGACAUAUGGUAAAAAAAAAAAAAAUUUAAACAUCUGGUUAUUGUUAGAACUUAAUAUCUUCCAGAAUUUAGCUGUAAUUGUGUUUGUCUCUCAAAUUAAGAUUAUGACCUGUAAUUUACUAAUGUCAAUUUUGUUUUAGAUGACUACAUGUCAGCUUGGCGUGGUAUGAAAAAGUCUUUGACCUGUGACACAUCUGAGUUGGAUUCACAUGAUGAGGAUUCACCGGUUGGCCGUGUUAAGAGAACACCUAAACCAAUGUAAGAGGGAUUCGAUGUAUUUGUUAUGUUUAAAUGCAUGCGAUUUGAACAUGAUGUAAAAUGUCUUUUUGUGUUUGUGUUUAUCCAGCCACUAUUAUGGUGAUACAGAAGAGGAGAGUGACACUGAGUGUGUUUCUAAAAAAAAAGGCCAUAUCCCAAAAAGGCUCAACUCCAAUAACACACCCUCAGCAGUCAUCAGCAUCCCCAUUGUCAUCACGAAGGUAAAUAUAACCACUGUCUGAUUUAUCAUAUUAGAUUAGGGUGUUUUCUAAUCCUGCAAACCAAUCUUUUGUGUGCAUUUAAAAAAAAAAGAUUUCUAAACUGCUGAGCUGUUAAUUUUUGUUUUUUUCUCUGCACUGCAUGAUAUGACACUAAUUAUUAUAUUAGUGUGGGAAAAUGUACACAACGCCAUUUAUUUUUUUCCUUUCAGCAAUGCACCCUCUACAAGGCCAUCUUCCUUUGCUGCACCUCCACUUCCACCACAGCCACCUCCAGGGCUAUUUUCCAUUGCUGCUCCUCCACCACCACCUCCAAGGCUAUCUUCCACUGCUGCACCUCCACCAUCACCAUCUCCUCCAGGGCCAUCCGCUCAUGCUGCACCUCCUGGGCUCCCUCCUCCUGAGCCAACACUCACAGAGCUGACCUCCUUCGUGACUUCUUAUACAUCAUCCUUCCAUCCACCACCUCCUGGGCUGUCCUCGUUUGCACCACAACCUCCACUGCCAUCUUUUGAACAUUUCCAUUCAUCUCAGUCCACAAAUCCUUUGGAAACCGCCUCGGAAGUGUUCAUGCCCACUUUAAGAGCUGGCCAGUCUGGGAGGGAGCCAAUUCCCUGCACACCUGCCGAGCUCCACAUGCUCACUCUUUUGGAGAACCUAAAACACCAGCUUAACCAACAAAGUUCUGUGAUGAAUCUCCUCAUGUCACGACUGAACGCUGCACGUGAACCAGCAUCAGAGAUGCCAGACGACAUCUCCUUUCCUUUGAGUUCACUGGCUGAGGUGGACUGUUUUGAGGACUGGCUCAAUGACCCAGCGAAUGCUAUGAAGAAGAAACAAAUGGUCGCUGUGCUGGCCUCUCUUGGGGGACGUGACAUAAAGCAUGUCACCUGGAAUAUCCUGGCACACAUUUUUUCAUCUAGUGUCGCCAAACAGAUAAAUUGGAAGGGAGUUAAUAAUAAAAAGAAGUUCAGCGAGAUGGCAACCAAGGCUCUCCUCACACGUAAGUGUGAAUUAUAUACAUAUUGCUCCUCAAAAUGUCAAAUGUCCUCAGCAAAUCUAGCCCUGUGUCUUUAGUGGACUUGAGACCAGAAAAAAUUAAUUCUGUUAUUGUCUAAGUAAGGUAUAAUGUAUA